GAAUGUUAAAGUAAAAAGGUCAGCUACGGAUAGAAGAUAUGGAUUUUAUCUCGGAAGCAAGAAAAGUGGGUCAAUACGAAGGAGGCGCGACAGUGCGCACGCUUUGAUUAUCGAUUGAAGCGACGUUACGUUGCUUCGAGUCUGUACGCUAGAUCUCAUUUAUACGAAGGUAGUGGCCACGGUGAGUUGUUAGAGUAAUCAGAAAAGAUGCGGUGAAAUUUGGCGUGUUAGGGAUAGGAUACUCUUAACGAAAUCGGCCAUUUUGAUAGCGUUUCGGGGGGAGAGAGAGAAAGAGAGAGAUACCUGCAGAAAAAAACGACUGGGAUCUCGUUUUGUGGCAGUUACCCUCGAGGAUUGCGCGCGUGAGGAGCGGCGGUGGUAGUGGUAUUGGUGUGUGUGCUGGUGCUGCUGCUACUGCUGCUAUUGCUGUUUCUACCACUACUGCUACUCCUACUACUCUUCCUAUUAUUAUUAUUACACUACUACUAUUACUGUUACCUAAGGUAGUGUCGAUCCGUGUCAAAAUCGUCGGAGAAGAGGCAAGCAGAAGAUACGAAGGUAGGAACUGCUGGUAUUCCACGACUUGUGAAUUCUUAGGACGACUACAGGGAAAAAGAAAAAAUGGCUGGAAAUACGGGUAUGGAACAACUAAUCCCGAUCGUGAACAAGCUGCAGGAUGCGUUCACGCAACUUGGGGUUCACAUGCAACUAGAUUUACCGCAAAUUGCAGUAGUGGGCGGUCAGAGUGCGGGAAAAAGUUCCGUACUCGAAAACUUUGUUGGAAAGGAUUUCUUACCCAGAGGUUCUGGUAUUGUAACUAGAAGACCGCUCAUCUUACAAUUGAUUCAUAGCACUACGGAAUAUGCCGAAUUUUUGCAUUGUAAGGGAAAGAAGUUUGUGGAUUUUGAAGAAGUACGAAAAGAAAUAGAAAAUGAAACAGAUAGAGUAACUGGCAGUAACAAGGGUAUAUCUAAUAUACCCAUCAAUUUAAGAGUUUAUUCGCCUAAUGUUCUCAAUCUGACGUUGAUCGAUUUACCUGGUCUCACAAAAGUACCAAUUGGAGAUCAGCCGGCUGAUAUAGAAGCUCAAAUCAAAGCUAUGAUUUUUCAAUUCAUUAGAAGAGAAAAUUGUUUAAUAUUAGCAGUAACACCAGCUAAUACUGACUUGGCAAACAGCGAUGCUCUUAAACUUGCUAAAGAAGUUGAUCCACAGGGUGUACGUACUAUUGGUGUUAUUACUAAAUUGGAUCUUAUGGAUGAUGGUACUGAUGCAAGAGAUAUUUUGGAGAAUAAAUUAUUACCUUUACGAAGAGGCUACAUUGGUGUUGUUAACAGAAGUCAGAAAGAUAUUGAAGGCCGUAAAGAUAUUAAAAAUGCUUUGGCAGCUGAAAGAAAAUUCUUCCUUAGUCAUCCAUCUUACCGACACUUAGCAGACAGAUUGGGUACACCUUAUCUGCAACGAGUUCUAAAUCAACAACUUACAAAUCACAUCAGGGAUACCCUUCCUGCCUUACGAGAUAGAUUACAAAAGCAACUUCUUACAUUGGAAAAAGAUGUCGAACAGUAUAAACAUUUUAGACCGGAUGAUCCUGCUAUUAAAACAAAGGCUAUGUUACAGAUGAUACAACAACUUCAGUCAGAUUUUGAACGGACUAUAGAAGGUUCUGGUUCGGCACAAAUUAACACAAUGGAGCUUAGCGGUGGUGCAAAGAUAAACAGAUUAUUUCACGAACGUUUUCCAUUUGAAAUUGUUAAAAUGGAAUUUGAUGAGAAAGAACUCAGAAGAGAAAUUGCCUUUGCUAUCAGAAAUAUUCAUGGUAUUAGGGUGGGAUUAUUCACACCUGAUAUGGCCUUUGAGGCAAUAGUCAAGAAACAAAUUAACAGGCUUAAAGAGCCUAGCUUGAAAUGUGUGGACCUAGUCGUACAAGAACUUAGCAAUGUUGUUCGUAUUUGUACAGAUAGGAUGUCACGUUAUCCUAGAUUAAGAGAAGAAACGGAACGUAUUAUAACAACUCAUGUUAGACAACGUGAACAAAUGUGUAAAGAACAGUUAAUACUUUUAGUGGAUUGUGAGCUAGCAUACAUGAACACUAACCAUGAGGAUUUUAUUGGAUUUGCCAACGCGGCGGCCAGUAGCCAUAAUGCAAGUGCUCAGCAAUCAUCGGAAAAUGCAGUUAAGGCUGGACGACAUACUUUGGGCAAUCAAGUAAUACGUAAAGGUUACAUGUGUAUUCAUAAUCUUGGUAUUAUGAAAGGUGGAUCCAAAGACUACUGGUUUGUUUUAACUGCUGAAAGCAUUUCUUGGUUCAAAGAUGAAGAGGAACGUGAAAAGAAAUACAUGCUACCUCUUGAUGGUUUGAAAUUGCGCGACGUAGAGCAAGGUUUCAUGUCUCGGCGACAUCUAUUUGCAUUAUUCAAUCCCGAAGGAAGAAACGUUUAUAAAGAUUCGAAACAACUUGAAUUGAGUUGUGAAACGCAGGAUGAUGUUGAUUCUUGGAAGGCCUCGUUACUAAGAGCCGGAGUAUAUCCUGAAAAAUCUACGGAACAAGCGAAUGGCGAAGGAGAGGAUAAGCAGAAGGUGGGUGGUACUGAAAGUCAAUCUUCAAUGGAUCCUCAAUUAGAACGUCAAGUGGAAACAAUUAGGAAUCUGGUGGAUUCUUACAUGAAAAUUGUUACCAAAACUACUCGCGAUCUUGUUCCAAAAACAAUAAUGCAUCUUAUCAUUAACAAUGCUAAAGACUUUAUCAAUGGAGAAUUAUUAGCACAUCUUUAUGCGAGUGGCGAUCAGGCAUCCAUGAUGGAAGAGUCUCCCGAAGAGGCACAAAAACGAGAAGAAAUGUUACGCAUGUAUCACGCAUGUAAAGAAUCCCUUCGCAUUAUUGGAGAUGUUUCAAUGGCUACAGUAACAACCCCAGUACCACCACCGGUGAAGAAUGAUUGGUUGGCUUCUGGAGAAAAUCCGAGUCUUGGGUUAUCGCCACCAUCUCCUGGUGGGCCAAGACGUGGAGUGACACAGCCACCACCUCUUUCUAGUUCACGAGUACCGCCGCCUGUUCCUGCCAAUGUCCGGCCAGCACCAGCUAUUCCCAAUAGACCUGGACCUGGUGGACCACCACCGGCUCGGGCUAGUCCAGGCCUACCACCGCCACUAAUACCAUCUCGUGGGGGUGGUCUUCAGCAGAGAGUGACACAAGCUGCGACUCAGGCCGCUGCUAAUGCCGCUGUGAACGAGCUGAUGGAUGCGUUCAGGAUCAAGUAAAUAAACACUGUGUUGUUGUAGCUUUCUUAUAUAGAAUACUCAUCCUUAUUUACAACGUUUCCCCCCACCUCCCGUUCGCGUUAUUACACACACAUAUAUAUUAAUACACUGCGCAUUAUUUGAUGAUAAAUUGAACGAUUUUUGAUCAAUCGAUAAAGAGAGACACAGGAGGGCAUUCAUUUCUCACACGUAUUUUGUUGUUUGCUUUUAUUGAUAAGAAAUGAGAAUGCACUCUUAUUAUUAUAACGCGCCACUUGAACACAUCUACACACGCGAUAUAAUACAAUGAUAGAAAAUAUAUUUUCAAAUGAAAUAAAAAUAAUUAGUAUGGCUUUUUUUUUUUUUUUAAUUUUAUUGUUAUAUAUGCGUACUACGCGUGUGUUGUGUACGUACGCACAUACAUAUACAUUUAACGUUUAUAUUAUCACGCAUAAAUGCAUAUGUAGAGAAAUAAUAAUAAUAAUAAUAAUUGUAUAAAGCUAACGAUUGUCCGAGCAUAUUUAUAAGAAGACAUUAUUAUUAUUAAAUAUAAUAAGCAUUUUAAUUUUUAAUCAUGAAAUUUAUUAUUCUCUCAUAAUACUUGAAAAAUAAUAUUUUUUAAGUCUAUGAUGAUAACAAGUUUGUCAUUAAAUUAUUCACUUAUAUUAUAUUAAAUGCUAAUAAUAAUUAUAUACAUUAACACAUUUUUUAACGAUAGAUCAAUAUAACAUCUACGUUUUAAAAUUGCUACUGCGCUUGCCUGAAGAAGCAUGUAUGUUAAUUGAACAAACAAAAACAAAAAUGAAAUGAAAACAAACAUUAAAUUUAAACACACACGACAAAAAAAUUCUAAUUCAAAGUAAUGCAAAACAAAAUCAACACUUCACACACGAUCGGCUCCGACGAACAUGGAUAUGAUAGUUCGGAGAGAAAAAAAAGAAAAUAGUUGAAAAAUAUAUAAUAUAAUAUAAUAUAACAUUACAUUUUAUAGAAUAUAAUAAAUAUAAAUAUAUAUUUAUUAUUCAAACUAUAUAUUGAGAGAUCUCUCCUCCUAGAGUUUUACCAUUAUCAUUUUAUUACCAUAUGACAUAUUAUUAUAGUAGCAUUGAUUGAUUGAUUGAUUGAUUGAUUCAAAAGAGCUGCACUAAUACUCGUUAAUUGUAUAGAACUUCAGAGUAUUUAACAAAAAGAAGAAGAAAAAAAGUUAUAAACAAAAAAAAUAUAUAUAUAUUUAUUAUUAAGGGAUACGUUAAAAAUUGAUUAUAAAAAGAGUACACACGUAAAUUGAAAAAUGUCAUGCUGUUGGAAAGAGUUUUGAAUAUCUUUCAAACGUGUUAUUAACAAUAAAUAUUAAACGAAGGAACGAACGAACGAACCUUUGAAACAUUGAAAUCGUCAUCCUUAUGAUUCGCACGAUUUGAACAUUUUCUUUUAUUUUCUCUGUUAAUAAUGUUUUUCUAUCAAUUUUUUUUUUUCUUUCUUUCUUUCACUUUUUUCAACAUCCUACAACAGCGUUACACCACACUUUAAUAAUUAUAAUAUUAACAAAUGGGUGGGGGACGGUUGAUUCUGAUGUGAUACACGCAGAGAGUUGGUAUGGUUGGGUAUGAUGAUAAGCGUGCGAUAUGAUAAUUAAUUAAAUUAUUACCCGCAAAUAAUAAUGAUAAUGAUUCAAAAAAAAAUUAUAAAAAGAUAAAAAACAAAAAACACGUGGCUCAGAAAUAGGAUGUGAUAUAUAUAUAUAUAGCGUAGUAGAAAAACGCACUUUUGAGGAUUUUGCAUGAAAAUCCUGGAAUCGCGUAUCUUUUUUCCUUUUGAGAGAAUAGUCUAAAAAAAAAAAAACAGAAAAGAAAUUAAAUAAAUCAAUGAAUUCCCAUUUUCAAUUGCGAAUAUGAUAAGAAUAUGAUACUCGUUAUAAUGUAAUUUAAGUAAUACAUAUAUUUUACAUCAAAUAUGCAAGCGAUCAUUUGAAAAGAGAGGAGCACUGUUAUAUUUUGAAAUAUUUGUUGUUUCGUAUGCUCCUUAAAUUGACGCGCUCGCAAUUUGAUGAUUAAUAUGUAUAUGUAUAUAUAUAUAAAAAAAAGAUAAUUUUGUCUGUAAGUAACCAACACACGAUAUUCGCUUUUUACACAAGAAUGUAUGACGUGCUUCGGCCAUUGUUUGUUAAUAUCAAGUAUAAUAUCUCUUACGAAUAUUUUUGGACUUUGUACAAUGACAUAAAAUUACAAAUUAUCGUGUUGAAAUAAUAAAAUAGCAGAUGAAAUAAUAAUAUCACGUUAUCUAGCUAUAUUUAUCUAUCUAUCUAUCUAUCUAUCGCAUUAUAAAUUCGUACACAUUGACAUAGAAUUAAUGUCGUUCUUAAAUGUCAAUGUAUAAUAGGCCUAAUGAUAAAAUAUAUAAUAUAACACGGUGCGUGUGUCACCUUUUAAAUGUGUCGAGUGUUUCUUUUUUUUCUUUUUUCAAUUGUCAAUUAUACUACGUAUUUUUUGACAUUACAUAAUCCAGAAUAAGCUGACACAUUUCAUUGGCACAACACCUGUUGAAAACAACUACGAGUAAGGCCGCCGAAGCACAUCAGAAUAUUCUCUACAAGCUUUUAUGUAUUAUUAAUGCUUCAAACUGCUCGUAUUUAAAUGCAUCGUUAUGAGCAAUACACACGAACAUCACACACACACACACAUACAUACCUAACACAUACUAAAUAUUACCUUUUGAAUGAAUAUCAUAUAUGUUAAUUACUAAGAGAGAUAAGAAAAAAGUGAAAAACGUUAACAAAAAAUGAGGAAGAAAAAAAACCAAUUAACCCUUUGACUGCUGGGCCCUUUGACUCUAGAACGAAUCCAUUAAUAUGAACGGUGCUUUACGAUUUAGGCUUUACGCCUUUAGCAGUCAAUGGGUUGAAUAUAUUUGUUUGCUUUUUUUUUUUUUUUUGAUUGAUUGCAACCACAAUUAGUAUUAUUAUAAUAUUCCAAGGAUUAUAAAAACGUAUAAAUGAUGAAUAGAACGUGAUCGAAAUAAGAAGAAUAUUAUCUUGAUUAUUUCUAUGAUCAUUUAUUUUUUUAUUAUUAUUACUAUUAUUAUUAUUAUUAUUAUUACUAGUUUUAAUUUCAUCGAUCGCCCUCUUUUAAUUAACAAAAUUGCAAAUUAUUUUCUAUUAGUUCGAAUGACAUUUAUUAUUUGAAUAAAUUUGUGGUUAAUGUCAAAGUAAAAUUAUGAAAUAUUUUUGUAAAGACUACAUUUUAGUAUUUUUCGAUUGGAACAUAUCAAAUAUGACCGUGUAAUAUUGGCACGUAUUCGUCGUUAGUUCGUAGUUUUAUCUUUAUGAAUUUAAUUUAUUAGAUUUAACAGAUUUAUUUUUAUUAUAAUAAAUUGAAAUACUCUUAAUGUGUGAAGUUUUCUCAUCAUGUUUAAACAUGUUUCUCAUUUUUAAAAAUGAGAAUCUCUAUCUUCCAUUAGAUCAAAUUAUAAUAAAUUAUACGUUAGGUAAUUUGUAGCAAAAAAAGAAACAAAAAAAGAAUACAUUUUUUACAAACAAUUGUAAAAUAUGUUAAUUUAUUAAUAUAUGUUUCAAGAAAAUUGAGACUUAACACCCAAUCAACAGUUCUUUAUAUUUAACUUCAAAAGAAUAACAAACAAAAAAACAUAUAUAAAUAUAAAAAAAAAAAAAGAGAAAAUGUGUGUAUUCUAAAAAACCAGAAAACAAUUCUCGCAUCAGAUCAAUUUUGAAACCACGAAUACGAAUUGUCCAAUUGCCAAAAUAUUAUACAUUUAAUUUGACCAAAAGUUUUAGUAAUAUUAUUAAUAAUAAUAACGCAUGCAUAUGAGGAAAUGGAAUAAUUAAUUAUUCAAAAGAAAACCAAAUGCAAAAAACGAGAAUCCUCUACUUGUCUUCCUUCGAAUUAUAUAUGAAUUAUUUAUAGCUUAUAUUACAAAA